AUGGAUAAAUCAAUGGAUUUGGGAAUUACUGUUGUAGAGGAUGAACCUUGCAAAACACUUUUAAUAAAUGAUAUUAAUGCAAAUGGGUAUUUAGUUGGUUCUGACUUUGAAAGUGAAGUAAGGGAUGAUGUCGAUGAUAAUGGUGUAAUGGGAAUGGUUUUUGAUUCACCUGAAGAUGCAUAUGCAUUCUAUAAUCAGUAUGCCCUGUUACAUGGAUUUGGUAUACGCAUUUAUGAUUCUUAUAAAAAUAGGGUUACAAACGAGAUGUAUCGAAGGAUUUAUGUGUGCAACAAAGAAGGCUUUAAAAAGACAAAAGGUGAAACUUCUAAAGGGAAUUUUAAGUCUCGUAGGGAUACAAGAACCGGUUGUGAUACAAAAUUUCGGAUAUCAAAGCGCAAAGAUGGAAAAUGGUUUGUAGAUAUUUUUAGUGAUGAACACAAUCACGAACUCACCAUGUCCUCGAACAAAGUAAUGCAACACCGCUCUCAUGGGAAGCUUCAUCGCACCUUGGCUUGUAAAACUCUUAUGACAGAACUUAGCCAAUCUGGAUUGAGACCUUGCAAUAUCAGAAGGGUCAUAAAUACCAUGAAAAGUCCACAUGAAAAUGAGGUUACUUCAAAACAGUGUAUUGAUGUCUUAGCCGAGAGUCGAAAACAAUACAUAGGUAAGGAGUUUUAUGGGGUUAUAAAAUUUUUUCAAGAAAAAAGUGCAAAAGAUCCGAAUCUACAUUUUAUUGUUGACUUAUGUGAGGACGGGUCUCCUAGAAAUCUUUUCUCGUUUGAUGGAAGGUCUAGGGAUUCAUAUAUAAACUUUCGAGAUGUUGUCGUGUUUGAUGUGACAUACAUGACUAACAGAUUUAAGUUGCCGUUUGCUCCAUUUAUCGGAGUGAAUCAUCAUGGUCAAUCUAUUAUUUUUGGCGGUGCAUUAUUGGAGAAUGAAAAACAAGAAACUUUUGAAUGGUUAUUUUAG